CCAGGGAAGGAAAGGACAGAGAAAACAGAGCGACGGCAAACGUUACCGAUUACAAGCGAAUUCGGAAUCUGGUGAGAGAGAAUCAACGAAGAUGGUUGAGUGCUUGGAGUUGGAGAGAUUCGUGCAGGAUAACGAUGUCGAAUCGAAACCGGUUGAUGACAUCUCGAGUAUUUGCAAAUCCCUUGACCUCAAGGGGAGCAUCGAUUGUGUUUGCGACGGUUCAGGAAUUGCUGCCAAGGAUUUUGGCGGAAUGCAGUCCGUCCGGGCGUUGGCGUUAAUUAGACCGGCCGGAGCGGAGGACGUGGCCCUUAUCGUCAAGGCGGCGGCGCUGUCACCCAACCUGACGGUGGCGGCCCGAGGAAACGGCCACUCGAUCAACGGCCAGGCGAUGGCUGAUGGCGGCCUCGUAAUCGACAUGCGGUCCACUAAGGAAAAUCAUUUUAAGCUUCUGACAAUCAAUGGCUCUCCCUAUAUUGAUGUUUCUGGAGGGGCAUUAUGGGAGGACGUCCUCAAACGGUGCGUUUCUGAAUUCGGCUUGGCUCCGAGAUCGUGGACCGAUUACCUCAACUUAACGGUGGGCGGAACGCUAUCCAACGCCGGCAUCAGUGGUCAAACCUUCCGUUACGGACCUCAAACGUCCAACGUGACGGAGUUAGAGGUGGUAACCGGAAAAGGAGAUAUAAUAACUUGUUCAGAGACUGAAAAUUCGGAACUCUUCUUCGGAGUCCUCGGCGGUCUCGGUCAGUUCGGAAUCAUCACCAGAGCGAGAAUUUUGCUCCAGCCAGCACCAGAUAUGGCGAGGUGGGUAAGAGUGGUAUACGCCGAUUUUGAGGACUUCAGUCGGGACGUAGAGUUUCUCGUGAGUCUGCCGGCCGGCGAGUCGUUCGACUACGUGGAAGGUUUCGUGUUGGUGAACAGUGAUGACUUGGUAAACGGGUGGCCGCAGGUGCCAAUGGAUCCGACCCACAAAUUCGAUCCGACUUUAAUCCCUCCGAACACCGGCUCCGUCCUGUACUGCAUCGAAGUGGUUCUUAAUUACCGCAAAACCGACCCCCCCUCAACUGUUGACGAGGCCGUGAGUCGAUUGCUUGGACAGCUAGCAUUCGUCAAGGGAUUGAAGUUCGAGGUGGACGUGAGCUAUGCGGAGUUUCUGUUGCGUGUGAAGGCUCAAGAGGAAGUCGCAAAGGCCAACGGAAUAUGGGACAAUCCUCACCCUUGGCUGAACCUCUUCAUCUCAAAGUCCCACAUUGCUGAUUUUGACCAAGCGGUGUUUAAGAAAUUGGUGAAGGAUGGAGUCGGUGGACCCAUGCUGGUGUACCCUAUGCUGCGAAACAAAUGGGAUAAUCGGACGUCCGUGGUGUUACCGGAGGGGGACAUCUUUUACAUUGUAGCGUUUUUGAGGUCUACUGUAUACCCAAAGGGACCGGAGGUUGAAAAAUUGGUUGCAAAAAACCGUGAGAUUGUACAGGUGUGCCGUGAGAAGGGAUUGGAUUUUAAGCUGUAUCUUCCUCAGUACCAAUGUCAAGAGGAUUGGAAGCGACACUUUGGGAAUCAAUGGAGCAGGUUUGAGGAGAGGAAACGGGUUUUUGAUCCCAUGGCCAUCCUUGCUCCGGGACAGAAAAUCUUUAAAAGGAGGGUUUCUCAAUCUUAGUACUCAUAUGUUGUUCAGUUGUGUCCAUUUUUGUGAAUUGAAAAUGAAUGUUCCAUUGCAUGAUCAAUAUAAAGAUAAUAAUAAUUC